GAUAGCGUGUGUGAAAACAUGUUUCUCUCUCCAGUGGCAGGUCAGAAGACCUACUGGUGUUUCACAGCAACCUGAGGAUGGAGUUUGCUGAAUAAGUCCUUCUUCUCCAGGAUUUCCCUCUGAAUCAGACACCAUUGGCAGAUGUUGGUAGACCAUGUGGAAGUUGCUUUCACUCAGACUUAUUUUGCUGGGCUGCAUCUUUCAGGAAAGCAUUGGCAUCACCAGACGAUAUUACAUUGGAGCAGUGGAGAAGGAAUGGAACUAUAGGCCCACCAGACAGAAUGGAUUGUCUUCCUCCACCCCAGGCCCUCCAUAUAAGAAGGCGAUUUAUUUGGAAUAUACAGAUUCUACGUUCAGAGAAGUAAAACCCAAACCUGCUUGGAUGGGUCUUUUGGGGCCCAUCGUCCAAGCCGAAAUCUAUGACAAGGUGAUCGUGACCUUUAAGAAUAUGGCUUCCCGUCCCUUCAAUAUCCAUGCCAAAGGUGUAUCUUACUGGAAAGCUUCUGAAGGAGCAGGCUAUGAAGAUCUGACCAGCCAGCUAGAGAAAGAAGACGAUGCUGUGGAACCUGGUCACACCCAUGUCUAUGUGUGGGAGAUCUUAGAAGAUCAAGGGCCAACCGGAUCGGACACACACUGUUUAACUUAUGCCUACUCCUCUCACGUGGACAGUGUCAAGGAUAUUAAUUCUGGAUUGAUUGGACCACUGUUGGUCUGUAAGCCAGGAGCUUUGAUGAGUAUGAAAUCCAGGGGAAAAAUACAAGAAUUUGUGCUGCUGUUUUCUGUAUUUGAUGAAGACAAGAGCUGGUAUUCUCCUUCUCACAUCAGAGGAAACUCACAGUCUCCGCUGACUCAACAUCAGUUUCAUACCAUCAAUGGGUUCAGUCAUUCUUCUCUGCCUGAUCUCAGGCUGUGUGAGAAGAGGCCUGUCUAUUGGUAUGUCAUUAGCCUGGGCAGCCAGCCUGAAGUUCACUCCAUACUUUUUGAGGGUCACAGUUUUCUGGUGAGAGAACAUCGCCUUGCCACUCUGGAUAUCUCCCCCGCCAUUUUCCUCACAGCUGAGACAACACCCAGAACCAACGGCACAUUUCGGAUGUUCUGCCAGAUUCCAUCACAUCAGCGAGCUGGCAUGGAAGCCUUAAUCCAAGUGGAAGUUUGUCCAGAACUUAUUGAGAAGAAGCUGAGGCAAGCAGAGCCGUCAUCAAGUGAGGACUAUUAUGAUGAAUAUGAGGAAGAGGAUAUGGAAAGCACAGUGAUAGACUUGGAUGAAUUUUCACCAAGGAUUGUUGGGCGUUCUCGGGCCAAAAGACUACCUCAGAUUUGGACGCAUUAUAUUGCUGCGGAGGAAGGUGAUUGGGACUACGCCCCAGUGAAGCCCACUCACCUGGACAGCACUUAUAGCAAAUCUCUGGAAAGUGGCCCCCAGAGGAUCGGGUCCAAGUACAAGAAAGCAAUGUUUGUGGAAUACGAGGAUGGGGCUUUCAACAAGCGAAAGGCACCCAAAGCAGAUCAUUUGGGCCUCCUGGGACCAGUCCUGCAAGGAGAAGUUGGUGACGAGUUUGUUAUUGUGUUUAAGAAUUUGGCCAGCCGGCCAUACAACAUUUAUCCUCACGGAAUCACCAAUGUCACUUCAUUCCAUCCUAUCGGAAGUCUCCGACAUCAGAAUAUGAAGGUGGUACCGAUACGACCCAAACAGGUGUUCACGUACAGGUGGAAGAUAAUGCCAGAGGAUGGGCCGACCAGAUCUGAUCCCAGUUGCCUGACUCGCUACUAUUACAGCUCAAUCAAACCGGCUAAAGACUUAGCAUCUGGGCUUAUUGGACCCCUCCUGAUCUGUUUCAAAGAAAGCAUGGAUCUGAGAGGCAAUCAGAUGAUUGCCGAUGAAGCGAGAUUUGUGCUGUUUUCUGUCUUUAAUGAAAAUUGGAGCUGGUACUUGUCAGAGAAUGUCAAGCGAUAUUGUUCCGAUGCAGCCAACAUUAAGCCUCAAGACCCUGAAUUCUAUGCAUCCAACGUCAUGUACAGUAUCAAUGGGUAUGUCUUUAAUAAUCUUCAAAUGAAACUCUGCCAGAACCAGGUGGUCUAUUGGUAUGUCCUAAACGUGGGUGCCCAGAGCGAGAUCAUCUCUGUCUUCUUCUCCGGAAACACUUUUAAGCACAACACUGUCUCUGAGGAGGUCCUGGCAAUCUACCCCUUCACUGGAGAGACGGUUAUCAUGUCCAUGGACAAUCCAGGCAAAUGGAUGCUGGGAUGCUUGAAUCCUAAUUUUCGAAAACAAGGUAUGAGAGCUAAGUUAAGUAUUUUCGUAUGUCACGAAGAAGAGCACGUUGGCAAGGACUAUGAAGAUUACUAUGAUGAAGGCAUUCCAUCAGAUUAUAUCGGUGAAGCCAAUACCCUACAGGCAAGAGGUUUCUCCAAGACAAGUAGACAUCUCCAACAAUGCCCAAAUGCUACCUCACUUUCAGAAGAUGGAAGGAUGAAGUGCCUUGAGCAAUCUAACCAUCUUCUCAAAAAAAACCACAACAAGAAUUCCACUGACCCCCUCAUCUCUCCUGGGGAACCCUUAACCUUGGAUGAACCCUUGUUUGACAUGUUGCCCAUGGAUGCUUUCUCCAUUGAAGAACAACCUCUACCGAAGCAAAGUUUUGAAGAACGUUCUCCUUCAGAAAACUCACCACUCGCACAGGAAAUAUCACUUCAUAAUAACCUUUCGUUAGCAAGUUCAGCCAAUCUAGAUAGAAAAGCUCUUGACGCAGGAAUUCAUAGGCCAACUAAUGGUCCCGGAAACUCUACAUCUGUAAGUGAACUUCUUUCUCUUGGUAACAAUGAUAUUCAUACAGUGCCCCACAAUGAAGCAAUCAAUGCAAAACCUCUGAGGAAGACUCCGCAGGGUAAUGAGAGCAAGAAGAUUAUGGAGCUCAAGAUAAAUCGAACGGUUGGAUUGCCAAAUCUUUUGAAGGGACAAAAUCCCUUAGUUCCAAAGAGAGAGGAGGCGAUGAGUUCAGAUAAAUGGAUUGAUAUUAUGGACAGGUCUCUCCAUGAUAAUGAUAUUGAAAAUGACUAUGACAGAUUCUCUAUAAAUCUCUCUUCUACUAACACUGGAAGAGAUAGCUUGCCACUCCCAGGAGAUUUUCAAGAAACAAACCAAGAUAAGCAUCUCUCAGGAAAAGAAUCUUUGCCCAAAUUCAAAGCUGCAUCCAGUAAGACCAGUGUUACAAAUUCCCAUAGAGUCCUGAAUGUAUUUGUGGAGCAAAACGUUACGCAAAAUAGGUCAAUUUUAAGGAUUCCCCAGGUAAAUUUAUCUGGGAAAGGAGAUAUUUUACACCUAGAAGGAACCUCUCCAUCACAGCCAGCUGGCCUGGGGAAGAAUAUAAGUUCUAACCCAGAAAAGAACCAGUCAAAACCAAACCAAGAGAGCCCAGAAAUGACAACAUAUGGGACAAAGUCAAUGGCCUGUCAACAGCAUUCCCAUGGUUGUAGGAGGCACUUGAGAGAGAGGUCUGCAAAAUCCCAGGAAGUCCUGUUGGAUGAAAUAGCUGCUAGAACAGAUUCCAAAGCUAAAACUUCUAGAGAGAGCGAUGAAAGAGUUCAGCCAUUGCUCAGCUUCCUCAAGACAAGCGAUAAGACUGAGUCUUUUAUAACAGGACCUCCCUUAACAGGUAGAGCUAAAGGAGAUCAUCCGAUAACAAAUGAUGAAAGAACCACAGCUUCAUAUUCUUCUCUAUGGAACAUCAUCCAAUAUAAUCUAAGCUUAUCCCCUGCAAUAAACAAUGUAUUCAAUACCACUGCGACUCCUCAUCAUGUUAUGACAGAAACAAGAGACCAUAAUAUGGAAACAAAGCAAGGGCUGACUUCAAAUGUUUUUGCAGAAGGAAAUAUUUCAGAAAUCAACUUACUUUCUCUGAAAAACACAGAACCAGCACGCACAUCUGGCCCAUUUAGCUCUCCCAAAGAUGCACCAAUUAUGAGACAAGCUGGACCAGAAACUCUUUUGCAGUCACACUUAAGGAAGCCUAAUGGAGAUCAAGAACAAACAUUAAGAAACGAAUCUUUGAAAGCUACUAUUAAGAGAGAGGAGGCGAAAAUCUUGCUGCAACAAACUCCAUCAGCAAACGAUAGGUUUUCUCAAGAGCUUCCAUCAUCCAACCAGAGCGUUCAAGGGCAGCUGUUGAAGGACAUCAAUAGCUCCAAAGAAAUGAAUGGGUUUAAUGAUGAACAAAGCGAAACUCCCAGCUUAAAAGAUGAAUCAGCAGUAUUCAAAGGAAAGGAAGAAGUGGGAAUCCCACUCAGCAAAGAUUCGGGGGCCGAGUUUCAUGUGAAGGUCUCCAGAACCUCCUUAGAUGUCAACCCACCAGCGGGAGAAAACUUCUCAAGACCUAUGAAAGAGAAAUUCGACUAUGAUGAAUAUAGCAAUGCAGAGGAGUCCAAGGAGGAGUUCGAUAUCUAUGAAGAUGAACAAGAUCCCCGGAUGUUCACUGGGAAAAUCCGUCCAUAUUACAUUGCUGCAGUUGAGGUGACAUGGGAUUACGGUGGCUCUAUUCCCUCCCCAUAUCUGAGAGACAGUGAUCCGAGGACCAACUGGAGAAAGCUCUCUAGAAGUUAUAAGAAAGUUGUUUUCCAAGAAUAUUUUGACAGCAGUUUUACACGACAGAUAGUCCGUGGAGAGCUAGAUGAACAUUUGGGUAUUCUGGGACCAUUCAUCCGUGGACAGGUUGAAGAUACAAUUGUGGUGACUUUCAAGAACAUGGCUUCCCGACCUUAUUCUUUCCAUUCUAACUUACUGCCAUAUGAAGGCAGUCAGGAAGAUAGAGAAUACGAGAGACCAGAGGCUGUUCAGCCUAACCAGGUUCGCCAGUACUCCCUCAAGGUGUUGCCUGAAAUGGCUCCUAGUACCAGUGAAUUCGACUGCAAAGCAUGGGCCUACUUUUCCAGUGUUAACUUGGAAAAAGACUUGCAUUCCGGGCUUAUUGGACCUCUGAUUAUUUGCCAGGCUGGGGUUCUCCGCACCACACACACCAGACAAUUGUCUAUUCAAGAGUUCUCCUUACUCUUCACCAUCUUUGAUGAAACGAAGAGUUGGUAUUUUGCUGAGAACUUUGAAAGGAACUGCCCGUCUCCUUGCCGAAUCCAGAUGGAUGAUCCUGUCCUUAAAAGCAACCACACCUUCUACGCUAUCAAUGGACAUGUGAGAGACACGUUGCCAGGCCUUGUGAUGGGUCUACAUCAACGGGUCAGGUGGUACCUGCUGAACGCAGGUGGCAUUGAGGACAUCCACGCUGUCCACUUCCAUGGGCAGGUGUUCACUAUCCGAAUGGCUGAGGAGUACCGUUUGGCCAUCUACAACCUCUUUCCUGGUGCCUUUGAGACUGUGGAAAUGAAACCAUCUCAUCCCGGGAUCUGGCGAGUGGAGUGUGUGGUGAGUGAACACGAACAGGCAGGAAUGAGUGCCCUCUUCCUCGUGUACAACAAAGAUUGCCAGAGUCCUCUGGGCUUAGCUUCAGGAUAUAUUGCUGAUUCUCAGAUCACGGCUUCAGAACACUCUGGUGGAUGGGUCCCCAGUCUGGCCAGGUUGGACAACUCUGGCUCAAUCAAUGCUUGGAGGAGUGAGCAAAAGAACUCCUGGAUCCAGGUGGACUUGCUCCAAUCCAAGAUCAUCCAUGGAAUCAAGACCCAAGGAGCUCGGCAGAAAUUAACCAACUAUUACAUCUCCCAGUUUCAAAUCUUCUACAGUCUGGAUGGAGAGACUUGGAAGAGUUAUAAAGGCAAUUCUACCAACUCUCAAAUGAUAUUCUCCGGAAACGUGGAUGGAGUGAGCGUGAAGGACAAUGCCUUCGAUCCUCCCAUUGUAGCCCGUUAUCUCCGUCUCCACCCAACGCAUUUCAACUUUCGCAACACCUUGAGGAUGGAGUUGCUAGGCUGCGACCUGAACAGCUGUUCCAUGCCGCUAGGAAUGGAGAGCAAAUCCAUUCUUAAUGAACAGAUUACUGCCUCCUCUUGGGCUGACAAUGUGUUUGCUACUUGGUCUCCCUUUCUGGCCCGGCUCAAUUUGAAAGGAAGAAUAAAUGCAUGGAGACCAGAGGUUGACAGCACAACUGAGUGGCUUCAGGUAAACUUUAAGAAGAUCGUACGGGUGACAGGAUUGAUAACUCAAGGCGCCAAAUCUGCCUUCACCCAUAUGUUUGUAAAGGAGUUCAGUCUUUCCACCAGCAUAGAUGGCCAAAACUGGAUAUCCGUCCUUCAACACGGGGAGAAACAGGUUUUCCAGGGAAAUCACGAUUAUUUCCAGCCCGUGAUGAACUUUCUGGAUGUCCCGUUCUUUGCCAAAUAUUUGAGGAUACACCCACUCAAGUGGAACAAACAUAUUGCCCUGAGGAUGGAGGUGUUGGGUUGCGACAACGAGCAGACAGACUCCUAGUCAAGAUCAAACCGUCUUUGGCUUUUUCCGCAAACGCUCAAACGAGUAGAAUAUUCUCCUGUCCAGCCCACCGCAACGCUGUACAUAUAUCAUCAUAAAAUAUACUUCCAUUAUUCUUGUGUUUUUUGCCAAUGGUGUUUGGCUGCAUAAGGAGCAAAGUGAAGGCUCUGCAACAUGUUGCAAUGGUAUAUAUAGCCCGUGACAUGUGUCAAGUGUGGGUUUUGUUAGGAUCGUAUUCUGGAAUUGAGGAACAGCAGUAUAUCUUCGCUCGCAAACUUUGUGCGGGAUUUCUUAGAGGCCAGGACAUUAGCUGCAUGAAUUCCUAUGAUGGGCUUUGCAUUUUUUGGUGGUGGGAGGGAGGAUUUGAAACGAGCACUUUCUUCCCCACGGUCACUGUUCUCAUGAUGGUUCAUCAAGAGUGGUUUUUAAGAAGAAAUUAAGACAGUCACUUGUCUCAAAUUGUAUCGGGCCUCCUGCUUGAGCAGGGGUCAGAUUAGAAGACCUCUGAGGUCCCUUCCAGCUCUGUUCUGAUUGGUUGGUGGUCUUCCCAAAGAUACCACUGAUAUCUAAAGAAGAAGCUAGUACUAUCAGCAACAUCUCCUACUGAUCAAGGAAAGAGGAAAUGUUUCGUUUUGGGAAACCUGAGCAUAGAUCUUAAUUGUUGAGUAUUUGCUAGCCUCCAACAUUUUGAAGAAGCUACAGAGAGCUCCUGGAAAGCAAAUUAACCUGCAGAGGCCCAAAACAUCCAGUCAACCUUUCUUGAAGUCAACCAUAGAUUUAUCCUUUUACUAGAACCAGCCAUGGCUUGACGUUGGACUACAAAAAAGUCUUGUAGGUUGUGAUGGGUCGGAAUUGUCAUCUGUCAAAUCAAAAAGGCUGUUCAAUUAAAAAAAUUGUU